ACAGUGGGCUGCCUGGGGGGCUGAUGCCACCAUUCCAGGAGCCUCGGUGAAGAGAGGAUAUCCGUCUGUGUAGCCGCUUCUCUAUACGGGAUUCCAGCUCCAUGGCAGCCCGUCUGCUCCUCCUGGGCAUCGUUCUCCUGCUGCUGCCCCUGCCCAUCCCUGCCCCGUGCCACACGGCCGCACGCUCAGAGUGCAAGCGCAGCCACAAGUUCGUGCCUGGUGCAUGGCUGGCCGGGGAGGGUGUGGAUGUGACCAGCCUCCGCCGCUCGGGCUCCUUCCCAGUGGACACACAAAGGUUCCUGCGGCCCGACGGCACCUGCACCCUCUGUGAAAAUGCCCUACAGGAGGGCACCCUCCAGCGCCUGCCUCUGGCACUCACCAACUGGCGGGCCCAGGGCUCUGGCUGCCAGCGCCAUGUAACCAGGGCCAAAGUCAGCUCCACUGAAGCUGUGGCCCGGGAUGCGGCUCGUAGCAUCCGCAACGACUGGAAGGUCGGGCUGGAUGUGACUCCUAAGCCCACCAGCAAUGUGCAUGUGUCCGUGGCUGGCUCACACUCACAGGCAGCCAACUUUGCAGCCCAGAAGACCCACCAGGACCAGUACAGCUUCAGCACUGACACAGUGGAGUGCCGCUUCUAUAGUUUCCAUGUGGUACACACUCCCCCGCUACACCCUGACUUCAAGAGGGCCCUCGGGGACCUGCCCCACCACUUCAACUCCUCCACCCAGCCCGCCUACCUCAGGCUCAUCUCCAACUACGGCACCCACUUCAUCCGGGCUGUGGAGCUGGGCGGCCGCAUCUCGGCCCUCACUGCCCUGCGCACCUGCGAGCUGGCCCUGGAAGGGCUCACGGACGACGAGGUGGAGGACUGCCUGACCGUCGAGGCCCAGGUCAACAUAGGUGCCCGCGGCAGCUCCUCUGCCGAAGCCAAGGCCUGUGAGGAGAAGAAGAAGAAGCACAAGAUGACGGCCUCCUUCCACCAAACCUACCGGGAGCGCCAUUCGGAAGUGGUUGGCGGCCAUCACACUUCCAUUAACGACCUGCUGUUCGGGAUCCAGGCCGGGCCCGAGCAGUACUCAGCCUGGGUGAACUCGCUGCCCGGCAGCCCUGGCCUGGUGGACUACACCCUGGAACCCCUGCACGUGCUGCUGGACAGCCAGGACCCGCGGCGGGAGGCACUGAGGAGGGCCCUGAGUCAGUACCUGACGGACAGGGCUCGCUGGAGGGACUGCAGCCGGCCGUGCCCGCCGGGGCGGCAGAAGAGCCCCCGAGACCCGUGCCAGUGUGUGUGCCAUGGCUCAGCGGUCACCACCCAGGACUGCUGCCCUCGGCAGAGGGGCCUGGCCCAGCUGGAAGUGACCUUCAUCCAAGCAUGGGGCCUGUGGGGGGACUGGUUCACUGCCACUGAUGCCUAUGUGAAGGUCUUCUUUGGUGGCCAGGAGCUGAGGACGAGCACCGUGUGGAGCAAUAACAACCCCAUCUGGUCAGUGCGGCUGGAUUUUGGGGAUGUGCUCCUGGCCACAGGGGGGCCCCUGAGGUUGCAGGUCUGGGAUCAGGACUCUGGCUGGGAUGAUGACCUCCUUGGCACCUGUGAUCAGGCUCCCAAGUCUGGUUCCCAUGAGGUGAGAUGCAACCUGAAUCAUGGCCACCUAAAAUUCCGCUAUCAUGCCAGGUGCUUGCCCCACCUGGGAGGAGGCACCUGCCUGGACUACGUCCCCCAAAUGCUUCUGGGGGAGCCUCCAGGAAACCGGAGUGGGGCUGUGUGGUGAGAACAGUGAGCUUGGAAAGGACCAGUGUGCUUGGACUGAAGGGGUUCUCACGGUGGAAGCCAGGGCUGUCUUCGUAUUGCCAUUAGACCAAGCUUGUCCAACCCGAGGCCUGCAUGCGGUCCAGGAUGGCUUUGAAUGCGGCCCAACACAAAUUCGCAAACUUUCUUAAAACAUUAUGAGGUUUUUUUGCGAUUUUUUUUUUUUUUUUUUUUUUUUUUUUUUUAGCUCAUCGGCUAUCGUUAGUGCUAGUGGAUUUUACAUGUGGCCCAACACAAUUCUUCUUCAAAUGUGGCCCAGAGAAGCCAAAAGAUUGGAUACCCAUCAGACAGAUGGAAAAGGGAGACUCAGACUAUUUUUCAGGGAGGUGGCUGGGUUUACACGCUAAUCCCGAUUCACCCUGUUCAAACUGCCUAAGCCCUCCGCCAUUCUCGAGCCCUGUAGUCACAGCUACACAGAUUACAGCUUCAGCCAGGAGCUGGGCAGAAGGCCAAGAGGCUGUUCCCACCAGGCUGCUCAGGGCUGGUCUUUUAGGACCCUUCCCUCGAGCCCUCUAUGGUGUGGCAAAGCCUUCAUUGCCUUAACUGGAGCCCCAUCAGCUCCAGCUGCUCUGGCUUCUUUGCCCACAAUGCUUUGCCCCUCCGACAAAUAAAGGCCUGUCCUGACCUGUCUCACCAUGUACAUAGCUUGAUAAAGGGCCAAUAAAUAUGAUGUUAUGGUGA